AUGUCCCUCCCCUCAGGUGGACAGCGAUAAGCCAGAUGAGACCAGGCUGAUAGAGAUCGACGAAUCACAGCGCAGCGAGCACACGGUCUUCAUCACACCCCCAGAACUACCCCAUCUACCUGAUGGAGAGGAGUACCCACUCUGCUACAGGUACUGAAGCCACUGUGUGCAUAUAAUAGUCAUUAUUAGGUGGGAGCUUAUAUUUGUCCUAUUUCACACAUGUGUAUUAAUACGUUAAUUGGAAGUGUUUUUGUUUUUUGUUGCAUAUCCCAACUCUCCCUGAGACAACCUCGGAGAGUGGGGUCACGGCCACGGUCUACCGUUAUCAACGGCAACCCUGGAGCGAUUAGGGUGAAGUGCCUUGCUCAAUGGCACAUUGACAGAUUUUGCACUUUGUUGACUUGGGGAUUCGAACAAGCGACCUCUCGGUUACUGGCCUAACGCUCUAACCGCUUGGUUACCUGCAUCCCGUAAAUCUGAAAUAUGCGUGUGGCCAGUAGGAUGUUUAGAAUGGGGUGUCCAAAUGUUGCUGUUUUUUCUGAAGUCCCCGUUUGUCACAUCAACAAGUGUGUGUGUGUGUGUGUGUGUGUGUGUGUGUGUACAUGCUUAUGUGCGUCGUCCAUGCCUGCGCAUGCGUGUGUGUGUUAGUGUGUUAACCCCAGUGUGUUCUGCCUCCCCCAGCGUGUUAACCCCAGUGUGUUCUGCCUCCCCCAGCGUGUUCUGCCUCCCCCAGUGUGUUCUGCCUCCCCCAGCGUGUUAACCCCAGUGUGUUCUGCCUCCCCCAGCGUGUUAACCCCAGUGUGUUCUGCCUCCCCCAGCGUGUUAACCCCAGUGUGUUCUGCCUCCCCCAGCGUGUUAACCCCAGUGUGUUCUGCCUCCCCCAGCGUGUUAACCCCAGUGUGUUGUGCCUCCCCCAGCGUGUUAACCCCAGUGGGUUCUGCCUCCCCCAGCGUGUUAACCCCAGUGUGUUUCUGCCUCCCCCAGCGUGUUAACCCCAGUGUGUUCUGCCAUCCCCCAGCGUGUUAACCCCAGUGUGUUCUGCCUCCCCCAGCGUGUUAACCCCAGUGUGUUCUGCCUCCCCAGCGUGGUAACCCCAGUGUGUUCUGCCUCCCCCAGCGUGUUAACCCCAGUGUGUUCUGCCUCCCCCAGCGUGUUCUGCCUCCCCCAGUGUGUUCUGCCUCCCCCAGCGUGUUAACCCCAGUGUGUUCUGCCUCCCCCAGCGUGUUAACCCCAGUGUGUUCUGCCUCCCCCAGCGUGUUAACCCCAGUGUGUUCUGCCUCCCCCAGCGUGUUCUGCCUCCCCCAGUGUGUUCUGCCUCCCCCAGCGUGUUCUGCCUCCCCCAGUGUGUUCUGCCUCCCCCAGCGUGUUAACCCCAGUGUGUUCUGCCUCCCCCAGCGUGUUCUGCCUCCCCCAGUGUGUUCUGCCUCCCCCAGCGUGUUAACCCCAGUGUGUUCUGCCUCCCCCAGCGUGUUAACCCCAGUGUGUUCUGCCUCCCCCAGUGUGUUCUGCCUCCCCCAGCGUGUUAACCCCAGUGUGUUCUGCCUCCCCCAGUGUGUUCUGCCUCCCCCAGCGUGUUAACCCCAGUGUGUUCUGCCUCCCCCAGCGUGUUAACCCCAGUGUGUUCUGCCUCCCCCAGCGUGUUCUGCCUCCCCCAGUGUGUUCUGCCUCCCCCAGCGUGUUAACCCCAGUGUGUUCUGCCUCCCCCAGCGUGUUAACCCCAGUGUGUUCUGCCUCCCCCAGCGUGUUAACCCCAGUGUUGUUCUGCCUCCCCCAGCGUGUAACCCCAGUGUGUUCUGCCUCCCCAGCGUGUUAACCCCAGUGGUGUUCUGCCUCCCCCAGUGUGUUCUGCCUCCCCCAGUGUGUUCUGCCUCCCCCAGCGUGUUCUGCCUCCCCCAGUGUGUUCUGCCUCCCCCAGCGUGUUAACCCCAGUGUGUUCUUCCUCCCCCAGCGUGUUAACCCCAGUGUGUUCUGCCUCCCCCAGCGUGUUAACCCCAGUGUGUUCUGCCUCCCCCAGCGUGUUAACCCCAGUGUGUUCUGCCUCCCCAGCGUGUAACCCCAGUGUGUUCUGCCUCCCCCAGCGUGUUAACCCCAGUGUGUUCUGCCCCCCAGCGUGUUAACCCCAGUGUGUUCUGCCUCCCCCAGCGUGUUAACCCCAGUGUGUUCUGCCUCCCCCAGCGUGGUAACCCCAGUGUGUUCUGCCUCCCCCAGCGUGGUAACCCCAGUGUGUUCUGCCUCCCCCAGCGUGUUAACCCCAGUGUGUUCUGGCCUCCCCCAGCGUGUUAACCCCAGUGUGUUCUGCCUCCCCCAGCGUGUUAACCCCAGUGUGUUCUGCCUCCCCCAGCGUGUUAACCCCAGUGUGUUUCUGCCUCCCCCAGCGUGUUAACACCCAGUGUGUUCUGCCUCCCCCAGCGUGUUCUGCCUCCCCCAGUGUGUUCUGCCUCCCCCAGCGUGUUAACCCCAGUGUGUUCUGCCUCCCCCAGCGUGUUAACCCCCAGUGUGU